ACUGGUGUGUAUAUGUUGGAACAGUGUCAUGGCGUCAAACAAGGUUGUUUGGAAAGCAGCGUAGUAGCCUUUGAUGAGACAUAUUUAUUGGCCGGUCAAAAACAAGUCUUUGCUAGUUUGAAGUGGUGGUAAUUUUAGGUAUACAAGGUUUUUUUAAAUAAGGUUUUUAAUUUGUUUUAAAAUGCGGAAGAUGGCAAACAAGAGAAAAGGCAAAAGUGAUGCCGCUGACAAAACAGUACCAAACAACGAACAAGAAAAUGGAGAAGCUCAGCAUAGUGAAACUGAAAGUGACGCCACCAAAAAGAGCAGAAAUUCUAAAAAAGUUCAGUAUGAAGAGGAAGCUGACAAUGAAGAACCGGCCGAUUCGACUUCGGACAAGAAACGUAAACGCACUUCAAAAGCUGAUGAGACAAUUAAAGAUGAACAAGAUGAAGAGUAUGAGGUUGAAAGUGUCGUGGAUUCAAGGCAAUAUAAGGGCAAGCGCCAGUUCAAAAUCAGAUGGAAAGGAUAUGGUGAGGACAAUGAUACCUGGGAAUUUGAGGACAACUUGAAGUGCCCUGAAAUAAUUGAGGUGUACCUCAAAGAGAACCCUGAGAAAGAUUCUAGCAAGUCGCAGAAAAGGGGACGGACAACAAAAGAAAAAGAUGCCAAGAAGAAGAAAAUUAGAGAAGAAUCGUCAGACAGUGAUGACAAUAAUGAUUCUGGAGAAAGUGUAUACGAGGUUCAGAAAAUCAUGGAGGUGCGUUUCAAGAAAAAUGGUAAAAAAGAAUUCCUCAUUCAUUGGAAAGGAUUCCAACACAAGCAUGACUCGUGGGAACCAGAGGAACAUCUGUCUUGUCCAGAACUCAUCAAAGAUAUUCUGGAAAAGGCAGAAAAGGCCAAAGACAUCCCAGCCAGGGAGCUGCGCGCUGACCCAAAACAAACAAAGAGGUUGAACCUCGCGAUGCAACAGAAAGGUCGCCGUCUUAGCCGGAGACACCAGGGAAAAGAACGUGCAACAUAUGCCACUUCGUAUGCCAGCUAAACUUUAAGAGGGCUGCAGAAGACAAACACAAAUGGACUUAUUUUAUAUUUAUAAUUAAAACUUAAUUAAGUGACAGUUUUAUAAACUGUGCCCCAUUCAUGUUUAUAAAAUAGGAGGGUCUUUUUUAGAUAAAAUAGUAAUUUUGUUUUGCAGAUGUUUUAAGAAUAUAAAAAAUGUGUAUUCAUGUUGUGAAGCACUUUUAGAUGUUUUUAAAAAAAUUUAUUUACAUUAUACGUAGCAUGCAUAUAGUACACCUAGAAAUUUAUUAAGCUGACAAUCUUUCUGCAAGUUACUGUUUCAAUUUUCCUUCAUAGUUUUGGCUAUAAAAAUUUUAAGUGUUUUAAAUUUGUUAAAUACUUUGUUUACUAGAAUUGAAAUCAACACAUACUGAAACAUUGGUUAGCAGUGCAACUAUAUUUUAUGUUGUCAAAUGUUAUAGUAUGUGAAGGGAAAAAGUAAUAAUUCUGUACGUACUAAAAAUACUGGCCUGUUCUCUUUAUUCACACUUAAAAAAAUUUAUGAGGAGUGUGAAUCACUAUUCAGUAGUGAGCAAAUGUUGAGUUUUGAUUAGUGCCAACUUAAUUAUUCUAAAAUAUGUAUUGAGCUCAUAUUCAGCAAGAACUCUUCACACCUUAACUUUGUAGUAGAUACAGAAAAGUCAUCAUCAAUUAUCAAAAUUUAGCAUUUAUUUCAAACAUUUUUAGUGACAUUUUAAUAGAUAGGCUGUACUUAUAUAAUGUGUUAGAAUUUAUAUCCAUUGGAACAGCAGCUACUGUUGCUUUUUUAAUGUUUAGUGGAGAACAAGUUUUUAAGAAUGAUUUUUUUUUUUCAAGUGUGUAAUUAAAUAUCAUGAUCUGAUUUAACAAGCAUUUAAUUAACUUUUCUGACAUAUAAAAGAAGGUAUUGCAUGAUCUAAUUAUGUACUUUCUGUGUAUUUAAGUGAAAAUUAUAUGAUAAAAGACUGUUUAGUGAUUUCCCCCCCCCCCCCCCCCCCCCCCCCCCCUUUUCAUGAUACUUCAAGAGAGAAAUCUUUUCUUCUCUUUAUUUUUACUUAUAUUUCACAAGUGGGUUUUUUAGAUUUGUGCAAAAAGAUCAUUUUUAAGUUUAUGCAAUUUGAUUUAAUAUUGCAUAAAUUGUUAUUUAUUUCAUUGAAGUUGAUUUUUUCAGUCCACCUAAUGAUAUAUUUUUAGGAGUGCUAUUGUAUAUGGAGAAGUAAAGAUCAUUAAAAAUUA